AUGUCGACGAAUUCUCACAUCGAGAUGAUCAAUAAAAUGAAGGCCGGUAUCGAACAUCAGGCCAGAACCAAUGCAGAUUCAAUGCGUGAGCAAGCUAUUCACGAAGCUGAGCGUUAUCACGCAAAAAAUGUUUACCAAGCUAUCAGUAAAAUUGAUGCUGAUAAUCAAUUAGUUGAAAAGAACAUUCGUGCUCAGAAAGCCGUUCAGCUUUCUGUUGUCAACGGCCAACAAAGAAAGAAAUUACUCAACUGCCGUCAAGAAGCCAUCGAUAAAGCUCUUCUUAAGGCUGAAAAUAAGCUCAAAGAAUACGUCAAAACAUCCAAAUAUGAUGAAACACUCUACAAGCUCUGCCUUGAGGGUCUUAUCGCUUUAUCUGAUCCUGAAGUUCAACUUGCUGUCAGAUCUGCUGAUGCUGAGAAGGUCAAGGGAUUCAUUCCAAGACUUGCUGAUGAAUUUAAAGAAAAAUCACAGAAGGAAGUCGUUCUUUCAUUAGCUGAAUACGUUGUUGAUGACUCUUGCAUUGGUGGUGUUGUUCUUAUUUCUCAUGAAGGUACUAUUCAGAUGUCAAAUACAUUAAAGGAUCGCCUUCACCUCGCUUGCACAGACUUAUAUCCAAAGAUCCGUAAGAUCCUUGUAGAUUAA